AAACAAGUCCUUCCAGUCAGUCCUAGUGAAAAUUAAAUAUUUUAUUCAUUUACUUUUAUUUAUUACUAUUGCUCCGUGUCGUCCUUUAUCAGCUGUGACCAUAAUAUUAUCAUCACGAAUAAGCAAUUACAAAUAAGAUAAAUCAAAUCCAAACACCACAACAAGACGCAUUAAAGUCGAAUGAUUAGACCAAUGUUGUUGGUCUGCACGACAAGAAACAUGUGAAACUGGCCCAAUUUCAAUUUCAUAUAUUAGCUACAAGAGGAAAUAUCAUAAAAACACUAUAAACAUGAUUAUAGAUAAACAUGUUAUCGGUUCCAUUUCCAAUGAAAAACUCGCAGAUAAUUCAUGCUUCAAAAGUCGUUCCACCCGUCAUAUUAUAAGGACAUUCAAUGACCGAGUUGAAGGACUACAUACAGCAUAAUCUACGUAAAUUGCAUGCCUCGUGUAUGUAUCUACUUAUUAUAACUUCGAAUUUGGAAUCUUACGUAGGCAGGCAAUGUAAUACUUGGGUUUUAGUGGAACGGUCCAUGUUUCGUGACAAUUGUCAGAUAUAUGAGAUUAAAGGGGACAGAAUUUCAAAGAAUAAAUUACGGUCAAAAUUAGGGAAAUAGCACAAAGUUUGCAGUUUUCACCACUAAUUGGCAGAAUCGUGACGACCAACGACAGAGGCAAAGUUCAAAGCCAGCUGGCUCAAAGGGCAUCAUUUCCUUUUAUGAACGCUUAUCAUUAUUCAUUUCAUUGCGGCUGUGUCGAAUGUGUUCAUCAUGAGCAAAAUCACGAAUAAUUGGAAUAACACACAUUAGUGUCGCACAUCCCGUUGACUUGCCUCAUUGAAAAUACUCCUCGUUUUCACCACCGGAAGGAAAUUCCACAUUAAUAACAAAGGAGAAUUGAUUUCAAUUCCGCCCGCAUACAAAGAACGGCAAUAUUGUUGGAACGGAAUAAUAAUAAUAAUAAAGUUUUCUCGCAGCGGUGCUGUCGACAUUUCUUCUUUCGUAUAAUACAUAAUCCUAAUUGAAUUGUUAUCCAUAGCGUGUAGUUGGUGGAAUUUGUCAUAAUAAACAUUGCAUAAAUCGAAGGUUAUCUUAUAUUUCCACAAUUCUCCAUUGGACAAGUAAUUUAAAGUUGGUUCAAAUGCCAUCCAAUCGACUGGAGGAUGGGAGAGGGCACUUUUCCUUGCUGGUGGAUGACCGAGGAGGAGAUGGUGGUGAUUUAUUAGCAGAAGUAGCAGAGUCAUUUUCUCGAGUUCAUUCGUCCGGCCUCAAGUCUUCACCUCACCAGGCGUCACUCACUCCAUUCCAUCAUUCAUUUCAACGCAAAACUCGGUGGGUCAACACAACUUUUCAUCACUCUCCAGGAAAUCGAAAAUCCAAAAAUCAUUUGUACAGGAUGGGCUCCUCAAAUUACUGGAAUGAUCCUUACUCAACUGAAAAUUCAUCUGCAUUGGGGGCGACAGUGACGUCUCAAGGAAUAAUUAGCUUGCGGUUGCAUAGUGGAAUUCAAGUUGAUACAACGAUCGACAAGGGAAUCAGGGUGUUGAACUCUCAGAGUCAAAUCAUUAUUUCUCUUUCCCCGGAUGGUAACUCUGCAUCACUCAUUCAUCCAAGUGGGCUGGUUUAUGCCUAUGGCAGUAGAGUGGAAAUUACGACCACUGAUCCAACCACAGGGAAUACAAAGUUUGCCAAGAUGUUUUACAAAGGAGUGAGUUUCACAAGUGACACAUCGGCUUUGGUUUAUCUCGUUGACCAAGCAGGAACUCGUACAACCAGCGAUACGUUUUCCGACCUGAGUGGGGAUUUUAGCAUUCCGGUAUUCCUACACAAUGCCCACUACGGUUCGCACAUGGUUCGUGAAUGCAAAAAAAUCUGCUCGCAAACUCAGUAUUGGAUUACGGAAGAUGGGACUGAAAACUGGGUUGUCAACGGGAUUCGGGUGUCUCAAACUGCGGAUGGUUUGGUGAGGGUUGGACGAGGGACCAGUAAGUAUCAAAUCAGGACCUCGCCCACCAAUGGAACUGCAACAAUUACGACUCCUUCUGUACAUUCAACGGCUAGCAUGGGAAUCCCAUCAACCAGCAGCUCGUCUUCCGGGCCUCAUCUUUUUGUCAAACGUGGAGAACGCAGAUUGCAUUCUGAUGGAUUAACUUUUAUCGUCAGAAAUGCUGGACAUGCAUCUGGAUUUGAUGAAUUCAACCAACUUAAAGUCUACUAAGCAAACAGCCCGAUGAUAAUAAUCCUAACCUACCUACCUAACUAACCUUCACCAAUUAACCACUCCUGAAAGAUUAAUUACUUUCGCUCCUUCAUUGUGUCUAAAUCAUUCAGAAUAUGCAUGCGCAUAUACAUAAUUCGGAACUAUUUUGUCUGUCGUAUUUUGUAUCAGUAAUCAAAAAGUAGUAGUAAUAUAUAAUCUUAAUCAAGUCUAAUUAUGUAAUUAUGGGAGGUGAAGUGUGAACUUUGAGCUGUGGUAUAUGUAUAUAAUAUAUAAUAAGAGGUGAAAAUAAAUCAUGCUGGAAUAUA